AUGAGUGAAUAUGGUCGUAUCUUAUUAACUCUUGCUGAAUGUUGCUUAAUGAAAACUGCGCAAGGCAAAGUUCCAGAAGAAGGUCUUCAACCUCAUGUAGUUCAUGAAUUUAUUAGUAGGCUUGCAAGCAUGGAUUCGAAUAAUCGUUUUGAUAUGAUUAAAGUUGGUGCCGGUGAAAGAGAAGGAAGAGUUGUAUCUCAUACUGUCAAUCAACUUCAUAUUGGUUUGGCUCAUGGUAUUGGUCGAUCAGGUAACUUAUUUGAAAAACAGCCAAAAGCAUCUGGUUCAACUAUUUUGGGUGAUCUAGCGAAUAGGCUUGUGCUCGAUGCGAUUAAAAAUUUGGGAAUCACAUGCGCAAAUUAUGCGCUUAUUGUUCCUGUUGCAACUGGAAUGGCACUUAUGCUUUGUCUUAAUGCUUGGCGCAGAUUGAAACCACUUGCUAAGUUUGUUGUUUUCCUUCGUAUCGAUCAGCGUUCUUGUUUCAAGGCAAUCAUUGCCGCUGGUUUUGAGCCGAUUGUAAUUGACUGUAUAAAACAUCAGAAGGAUGAGUGUCUAACAACUGAUGUUAAGAAACUUCAGAAUAUAUUGGAAGCACGUGGAACCGAGAUAUUAGCAGUGAUGAGUACUACUUCUUGUUUUGCUCCUCGAUCGCCUGAUUGUAUAGUUAAUGUUGGGCAGUUAUGUAAAGCUUAUUCUGUCAAACAUUUGGUUAACAAUGCUUAUGAUGCAGUUGUACAAUCACUUGAUAAAAAUUUUCUUGUUCCUGUUGGAGGAGCGGUGAUAGUGACAUUUGUUAAAGAUGAUAUCGCGAGUAUUUCCAAUGUAUAUGCAGGUAGAGCAUCGAUCGUUCCUUCAAGAGAUCUCCUUAUAACAGUUCUUGAAUUGGGUCGAAUGGGCUUACAGAGAUUAUAUUCUGUACAGGAAAAAAAUUUUAUUGUUUUGCGCGAUCAUUUAUCAGAGUUUGCGGCAUCGAUCGAUGAAAGAAUUUUUGAUGUUCCUGACAAUCUUAUUUCCCUUGCUAUGACUCUAUCUAAAUGGACAAAGGAACAACAGUUUGAAUUGGGAUCCGCAUUAUUCAAACGUGGUGUUACUGGAGCUAGAGUGAUUUUGUCUGGCAUGAAUAAAUGUGUAGAUGGAUAUAGUUUCGAGAAUUAUGGGUCGCAUUCCUCUUUAACUCACUGUGGAUAUCUAAAUGUUGCAUGUGCAAUUGGUAAAUUUGAAUCAGAUUUACGAAUGUGA